AUUUGGAGUGUUAUGUCUGAUAGCGAUCAAUCUAUCGAAGAUUACGAUAACUCAAGUCAAGAAGAUCUUGCAAUUCAGGAAGACAACGUUUCUCAGAACAGUGACUCUAGUGACGAUAUUGAAGCUAAUCUCCAGCAACAAGAGGACAAAGCAGAGGUAGAACAAACUUGGGGUAAAAAUAAAGUAGCUUUCUAUGGUCGUGAUAAGGAAGCAGAUGAUAUAAGUAGUGAAGAUGACCAAGAUGAAGUUCUAGAAGCUACUAGGCUACAAUCUAUAAGAGCCAAGAAGUUGCAAAAAGCAUACGACAUUGGUAUUAAAGACUCAGAAAGUGACUCAGAUAUUCAAAGUGAUCAUGAGCAAGAGCAAGACAAUGAUAGUGAUAGUGAAGAUGGCCUAAUUGGCGAUAAGAUGUUUGCAACUAAAGCCUCAAAUGCAGGUGAUGUACUUAAUACAAAACUCAAUGACAUUAAAGACCUAAUCAAUGAUAUGAAAGAGGUCAUGGCAUUUGGUUAUAAUGCAGGUGAAUAUGGAAUAGAAUACCCAGAUGAUGAAGAGAUUACACAACAGGGACUCAUUUCUUUUACAAAGCAAUUGACCUGUUUUAUAAAGAAAUACGCAUGCAAAGCAGACAAAACAUUAAUUAAGAGAAAUAAGAAGGUCAUUGAUUUCUUAAAAGUAAAGGAGGAAAUCAUUUUGAACUAUAUGAUGUUUUUGAACUAUUAUAUCUUAGGUCAAGCAAAACUUUUAAUAGAGCCUGAUAGUGGCAUAAAUCUUCAAGAGAACCAGGUCCUAAAGAAACUUUCAUAUUAUCGCACGUUAAUCAAUCAGAUCAAGCCAAUAGAUGAGCAAAUAAUGACUCAACUACAGAAGGUUCAGCCAGAGCGAGAAGAAGAACUUGAAGCUGAAGGCGAAGAUUAUGAAAUCGACCUUGAUAAAGGAUUUGAAGAAGAGUCUGCUGGAGAAGGUGAGUUUGACAAUGAAUCUGAUGACGAAAAGAUCUCCACACCUCCAAUACAGAAUAAUCUUGAGGAAGAGUCUGAAGCUGAAGAUCUUGAAAUACAGAAAAAGCCUUGGAAUCAGAAUUUAGUUGCCCCUAAGAAAGAAGUGACUAAUAAUUUUGAUGAGAUUGAAGAAAUGCUCGAAUUUGGAGAGGAGGAUAAUAUGCAAGAGGUAUCAGAUCAAGAAAUAGAUAGAGAAGAGAUAAAAGAAGUCAACAAAAUUGUCAGCAAGGUUGUUAAGAAACAAAAGAAAGUGAACUCUAAAAAUAAGCUUACAUCUAAUGUAGACGACUUGGUUUCAGAAGAGGAUGAACCAGCCAAGAAAAGGAAAAAGAAAGAACUUUUAAAGAAGCAAAAGGCUGCUAAAGCUUCGAAGCAAGAUGAGUUCAUUGAAGAAGCUAAUGAUCAAUUUGGAGGCUUUGAGCCACAGAGCGAGGAAGAUACUAAAAUUAAUGAAAGACAAGAGAAAAUUGAUGAAGAAAAACAAAAAUUAAAAGAAGAAAAAGAGCUCAAACGGAAGAAAAAGAAAGAGAGGAUCGAGGCUCAGUUAGAAAAACAGAAUGAAGCAAUCAAUAACAAUAUGAGUAGGAAUAUUAUGAAAGGAAAAGGAAUUUAUCGAAAGAGACCAAAGAAAUACAGAAAUCCAAGAAUUAAGCAUAAACUCAAAUAUCAACAAGCUUUGACCAAGAGAAGAAGACUGGUACAAGAAGCGAAGCAAGGGCCUCAACCCAAAUACUCAGGAGAAUUGACUGGUAUCAGAUCAAACCUGAUUAGAAGUGAAAAAUAUUAA